AUGAAACCACAAACCCCUCAAUAUAACUAUACAUAUAAUGGUGGUACCAAUAAUAAUCGUCAAUACUAUAAUUAUACAUACAGAAACAGUAAUAGAAACAUAAAUAAUAUAAAUAGCAUAAAUAAUGAUACCAUAAACAGAAAUAAUAUAAGUAAUAAUGCUAAAAAUUAUAGUGUAAAUAAUAUCAAUAAUAAUAAUAAUAAUUUUAGUUAUGUAAAUAAUAAUCAAAACCAUCAAGGUUUAAAUGAUAACAUAAAUAAAUUAAAUAAAGAUAAUGGUCAUAAUCAAAACAAUCAUAACAAUCAUAACAAUAAUGUCUCAGUGGAGAAUAAGAAUUAUAAUAACCCUAUUUCUAAAAAUAUCAAUAAUAAUAAUAAUAGUAUGAAUAAUAGUGUUAAUAGUUUUCAUAAUAAUUAUGCUAAUAUGAGUAGUAUUAGCUUAAAUAGUUAUCUAACCAAUAAUCAAAAUAAUAACAAUAAUACUGUUAAAGAUCUAAAUAAUUUGUCAUCAGAAGAGUUUUUAGCAAUAUUAAAUCAAAGCAUUACUAAUAGAAAUAAUAAUUUAAACUAUAGCACCACCAAUUUAAAUAAUCUAAUUUAUAAUAAUAAUAGUAAAAGUAAUAGUAAUAAUAAUAAUAAUAAUAAUAAUUCAACUAAUUUAAAUAAUAGUAUCAGUAGUACUAGCUUAACAAGUUUAACGAGUUUUACAAGCUUAACAAGUUUAAAUAGUAGUCAAAGUAGUAUCAGUACAGAUUCAAGUAGUAAUAGUAAAUUUAAUACCCUAGAUUCAAAUAAAUCUAUAAACUUUUAUUAUAGCAAUAGUAAUCAUAAUAACACCAGCUAUCAAGCUAGUAGAUUUAGAAAAAAAAAAAGUAAAAGAGAAAUAAUUAAAGAAAGAAUGGCAUCUUCAGAAUUAUCACCAGGUGAAAAGAGAUUUGUUUUUGAUUUAGAGGGUCAAGAUCCAGAUUUUAUCCUUUGGGUAAAGAAAACAAAUAAAAAGGAUGUUGUUCAAGAUCGUCUUUUUGUUUUAACCAAAUAUAGAAUUUAUUCAAUUAAAAGAAAUAAGAUUGGUGGUAAAAAGCAAGUUGUAAGAGAAGGUCAUUUAUAUGAUUUAGUUGAAAUUAGAAGUGAUGAUAUUGAUAGAGUUGUAUUAAAAUUUUCAAAGUUUUUAAUUGAUAUGACUGGAUCAAAUAUUGGUAUUAUAAUUCCAAAAUUAUUAAUUAAUGCUUUUCAUAAAAUUAGUUAUACAUUUUCACAAGAAGCUUCACCAAAUCUUUUAAUUUUGCCACCAGAAAGAACCCCACCAGAAAUUGAUCAAGUCGAUCCAGGAUUAGCUCAUGGAUUUUUCGAAGUCUAUAAGGCUCAAUGUAACUAUUAUGGUUCACCAAUCAACACAGAUUUAAUUUAUUAUCUUGAAGAAACUGUUAGCAAGGGAAGCAGAGUAUUUUGUCUUGAUGAUUUUGCAGGUAUCGAUAAAAAUAGUGAAUCAGCUGUAAAUUUAACUCCAGUUUUAGCAGCUCUCAGACACAAUACAUUUUUCGAUACUUUUAUUUGCCAUAAUAAAACAAGAAAAGAAAUCCCAUUAUUAUUAGCCGAUGUUUUCCAUCACAAUAGAACUAUCGUUAGUGCUGAUCUUUCAUCAAUUGACGCUUCAAGUGGUUGGAUGGAAUUAGGAAGAGCUUUAAAAGAGAAUCAACAUAAUGUCCUUGUAUCACUCAAUGUCUCUGAAAAUAAAGUUCAAGAUGAAGGUAUGGAGGUUAUUGCAGAGGCAAUCAAAUCAUUCAAUAGACCAUUCUUGGAGCUCAUUGCUUCACAUGUUCAAUUAGAGGCUAAAGGUGCUUCAGUUUUCUUCCGUACUCUCCAAUCAAACUAUGCUUCCUCUGGUAAUAUUGUUCAUUUAGAUUUCUCUAGAAAUGUUUUCGAUAAAAUUGGUACCGAAUCACUCCAUGAUUGGAUUAUUCUCCUAAAUUCAUCAAUUCCAAAUCCAAGAAAACCAUUAGUUCAUAUCAACCUCGAAGAUACUCAAUUAGAUACCACUAAAUUCACAAUGGCACUUAAACAAGGUCAAUUGGAAGCACUUCAAUAUUUGGAUCUCUCUAGUAAUAAAUUUACACCAGAGGCUGUAUCAAAUGUUUGUGCUAUUAUUAACAAAUGUGAUUCAUUGGCCAAUAUUAAAUUAUCAAAAUGUCAAAUUACUGGUGACCAAGUUAACAACAUCCUUAAUGCAUGCAGUAGCGGUGUUGCAGUUUCAGAUAGAUACUUGGAUCUUUCAAGCAAUAAUUUAGAGCAAAAAGGUGCAUUAGCUUUUUCACAAACUAUCAAAUCAUCAUCCAAUAUCUCAUCACUUAAUCUCGCAAAUAAUGGCUUUAGAAAGAAGGGUGUCACUUAUAUUGUCCAAGCUCUUGAAGAGAAUAGUACUCUUACUGCCAUUGACCUUUCAUCCAACUUUAAAUCAUCUAGUAAAGCCGAGCCAAUCGUUGAUCAUAUCGCUAGAACCAUUAAUCAACAUGUUUCAAUUAGAAAAUUAGUUUUGGGUGGUAAAAAUUCAUUCUGUUUAGGUAAAGAACUUUUACCAUUAGUCAAAUCACUUGCUGAUUGCAAAUUGGUCGAAUUAGAUAUCUCUGGUAAUCAAAUGGGUGAUGAUAUUUGUAGAGAAUUAUUCGAAUCAUUAAAGAAGAAUACUUGUCUUAAAACUUUACUCAUCGAUAACAACUCUUUAGGUUUAGCAGGUUUACAAGCAAUGAAAAGAUGUUUCACCACCAAUCGUACCCUUGUCGAUGUACCAGUUCCAACUGCUGAUGUUGCAAGAAUUCUCAGUAAAUCAAAUGAUAAAAAAGGUACAAAUGAUAAAAUUGGUGAAAUCAUUUCAGAUGUUCAAGCUUGUUUAUCAAAUAACAAGAAUGGUAUUGCAUACACUGAUAUUCCUUCAUCAACUAAAACUACUGUCACAGUUUCAUCAUCAUCAACUCCAAAUUUCCGUGCUUCAACUUAUCAUAAUUCUAACAAUAAUCUUUCAGAAUCUGGUGACCACCACGCUUCCAAUUUGUAUAAUAGUAAUAAUAGAUCGACUACAAAUCUUUCAUAUUCAUCACCAAGUGCCUAUACCCCACCACCACCACCACCACCACUUUCAACUCCAAAUCUUCCACCACCACCAGCUUAUGAUUAUUCACAACAAUAUGAUUAUUCCCAACAAAAUAAUCAACAACAAUAUGAUUACUCUCAACAAGACCAACAACAAUAUGAUUACUCACAACAAGAUCAACAAGAUCAACAACAAUAUGAUUACUCACAACAAGAUCAACAACAACAUGAUUACUCACAACAAACCACCCAAGACUACUCAAAUCAAGACUAUCAAGCUCAAGAUUAUCAAGAAGGUGCCACAACUAAUGAUUACGACCAACAACAACAACAAUAUGAUUACUCUCAACAACAAGACCAACAAUACGAUUACUCUCAACAACAAGAUCAACAAUAUGACUACUCUCAACAACAACAAGAAUAUAAUUAUGAUGAACAAUAUGAUGAUGAUAAGAAUAGAAUACCACCACCACCACCACUUUAA